UAUAGCCUGCCAAUCGAUAUCCAAACCUAUCAAGCAAUAUGCAAUUGUCCCUGCAUAUCGACUUUUUUUUGUAAACAUAAACAGAGAAAUGAAAAAUUAAAAAUUGAGGAUGUUUAUGUUCCGAAACUGCGCUGUUUUGCUGGUGAUUGGCUCCAUCUGCUGCUUCAUCUACGGCCUGUUUAACUCGCACGUGGAGGUGGAGCCCAAUGCCUGCCGGAUGACCUAUAUGUUCGGCGAGCCUAUGUUUGCGAAAGUGGGAGUCAAGGACGGGGAUCUGUACCCCAAUUAUGGGCUCUACUACUACUACGAGGGCGUGCGACAGCCGCUGGACCCGCUUAAGCGCCGAAUGACUGGUGCUCCGGUGAUUUUUGUGCCCGGCAACGCCGGCUCCUACAAGCAGGUGCGCUCCCUGGCUUCCGUGGCGCUGCGCAAGGCGAUGUCCGACGAUGGGGGCCUCCAUCUGGAUUACUACACCAUCGACUUCGACGAGGAGCUGUCGGCGCUGUAUGGCGGCUAUCUUCCUCGUCAGCAAAGCUAUCUAAAGCUUUGCAUCCGCACCAUCCUGGGGAUUUACGAGGGCCGUGCGGAGCAGCCCUCCAUCGUGCUGAUUGGACACUCCAUGGGCGGCAAGCUGGCACAGUCGGUGCUGGUUGAUCCGGCCGUGGGGCAGCACAUCAACACCAUUGUCAGCAUCUCCACGCCUCUGGAUCAGCCGGUGCUUAAUCUGGAUGCCCAACUGGAGGAGUUCUACGAGCAGACGAACGCUGUGCUCGGCAAGUUGCGCACUGCCACGGUGCCCACGAUGUCCACGAAUGUCUGCGACAGCCUGCACCAGCGGCCGCCGAGUGUGCAGCGGAUGGCCAACCAGGACAGCUCAGCACGACUGGACAACGUGCUUCUCAUUUCUACGGGCGGUGGUAAUAGGGAUCUGCUGGUGCGACCCGGACUCACCACCUCCCGGUUCAACGAUUUGCAUGCUAUGAAUUCGGCUAUACCCAAAGUGAGUCUCAGCUGUGACCAUCUUUCCGCCGUGUGGUGUCUGCAGUUCAUGCAGGCCAUCAACCGCUUCCUCUUCAGUAUUGCCCAUGUGCGUGAAGAUCGUUCAUCAAUCGUCUUUGGCACCAACAAGCAGCGCAACCUGCAGUCGGCCUUGUCUACAUUUGUGAAGCCGCGAAGCCGUCAGCAGAGUACUGUGCGAUUCGGAGCCGCAGGAAAUUGGCAUGAGGAGCGACGGCUGGUGAUCAACAAGUACUUUACAAAUGGACUCAAGGGCACCUUUUUCGAUUUAAUUGGACUACAGCGCCAGGAGAGAUACAGAAAGACGGCCAUCGAGGCCUUGAAUGUGGAUGACGAGGACUGGCUGUUUGGCUGCUCCGCCCAAGAGCACAAUAAAACGGGACAGCUCUAUUGCGAAAAGGCCACCUCACUGAUGCACCUCGUUCAGCGGCUGCCCAAUGAAGAUCGCGAUCCCAGGAGCAUUGCCAUCCUGGAUCUGAACAACUUGCGUAAGACCUACGUGCAGUGGACCCAUGUGCUAGUGCGCUUGCCACCGAGCACCAAGCGAAUCGGGUACAACCUGGACAUCUACGACCCUCGAGAGCGGGUGAUGGACAUCAAGAUGCCACGCUGGUACACCAUGGCCAAGCUGCCGUUGAUAAACGAAACACUCCAGGGCACGCUACACCACCGGCUGCGAAUUUCCGAGAUGGUGGAUCCGUACCAGAGCAUUCGGGUGAUUAUAGAGCCGCUGCAGUGCAUUAACCCAGAGUACAGGGUCACCGCCAGGAUAUGUGUUCCCUGGGCGGCAGGCUUUGAACGCUUUCAGACAAUUAGAUCGUUUGAUCAGAAACCUCAGUUGUAUGUGAAUGUGCCUACGUUAGCGCCCAGGCAUUAUAAUACUACGCUUAAUCCUGUGGUACUCGAUCUGUAUAUGGAUCCCACUUGUCGCUAUCGAAUCAGCUAUGAGUACUCCUAUUCCUCGGCUUUAUCUCGAUUGGUUCUCGAGUUCUACGGCUGGCUGCCGGCACACCUAGUCUGCGUUUUGCUGAUUGUGUUAAGAAAGCAAGUCGAGGUCUUUCACGAGGUGGGAACCUUCCGUAGUCUGCGUCCAUAUGUGGGUUACCUGCAGUACACUUCGCUCUAUGUGGUCACAGCCUGUCGUCUUUUAAAGAAGCUUAUCAUCACCAGCCGGUUGCUGCCGGAGCCAGAGCCUCUGGACUACAGCAUAAAUGUUUCCAUUGUGAUCCACUGUGCAGCCAUUGCCCUGUCUCUGCUGGCCACUCUGGGCACCUGGUUGGCCUUGACGCUCUAUGGCAAUGCCUUUUACCGCCUGGCCCUGCGGAUUACACGCCUCUCCCAAGCCACCUCCAACGUCAUGAUUUCGAUCAUGACCCACUUACCCAUUACGUACGGCAUACUGACCAUUGCCACGGCCAUGGGAACCUGCAGCGGAGUUGGCCUCCUGCUGGCCUUUGUGUUCUACUUCCUGAUGCUGUCGAAUGCCUAUAAGGACUAUCUGGAGGACUUUCUGUGGCAGAAGGCGGCUAAUUUGGUGCGUGGAAAGCCUGCUGCUGUUGCUGCAAAUGAUCCUUCCAGCGGGGAAAAAGCAGGAGAGGAGCAAAAUCCAGAACAGGAGGCGCUAGAACCGAAGGAUGAACAUCAGCAGCAGGAGGAAGAAGAGGUGGAGCUCUGCGAGGGUCUGCAGAACUUUUCUUUCCACGUCACUUUGCUGCUGAUGCUGCUCAUGCAGCUGCUGCUUAAUGUUCCUAGUAGUUUGGCCUGGGUGCGCAGUCGCCGACAUGGCAUUGUCCUGCCCGAUCCGAGUCUGUAUCCCAGCAUCGUUGUUCUGGCAUCACUUAGUUUGCUCUUGCAGCUGCGGGCUCCCCAAAAAUGUCAAGGAUACUGGAUCCUUUCCAUCGUGUUUUACGUUCUGGCCGGAGUGGUUUUACUGUACUGUCAGGCAGCCAUAUACAGGCUAACCUUUGUGAUUGCCGGCGCCUUCGCCCUGCUGGCUGUCCAUCAAAGUCUUUGGGUCCUUUGGCGUCGCCUGUCCUAGAUCUAGUUAAUUUUGUUCUCCCUGUGUUAAUUUGUUAUUUAUUGCCUCGUUAGUUCAUUCAGUGCGAGUCGGGAGCCGUGGACGCUGGCUUAUGUAAGCCAGCUCGUAGCGCGAAGCAAAAUAAGCUCAGAUCGGGAUCUCUCCUAGCGGGAAGUCCAAACUGGGCCCGAAUGGGCGUUGCUCUCGAUUUGCUUCGGUCGCACAUUACACGCAUUAAUUGUUUUUACGCCUUUCGUCGGCGCUUUUGGUUAGCGAUAUCUCGCUAUCUUGGGUGGCAGACACGUCAAUCUCCAUUUGGGGGAAAUGUGUGAAAAUGCCUAUUAGUAGCAGCGCCCGGUGGCCACACUCCCCAUCCCGACUCUGUUUUCCUUUUAGCCAAAGACAUAAUUUGUAGUAUUUGUUUUACCCUUUUCCGAAAUUAUUUACAAUAAUCUGGUCAAAUUUGUUUCGUUUUGCGCUGUGAGAUAUACAUAUUAAGGUUUGAAUGAUAUGAGGUUUUAAUUUUUUCCUUUUUAAAAUAGAAAUACAAUCAAUUGAUUACCAAGAGUCAUAAAAUGUUAAAUUCAUUUUCAUUGUGUACAAGUAUUAUUGUAUUUUUAUUUUGUAAUCAUCCGAUAAUACUUAAAAAAAAUCAUAUUUUCUUCCAAUCAACUAAAGGAUAAUUGACCUAAUAUACCUGCCAUAUGACACAAACUGACUUGAUAGAAACAUUAUGUAUAAAUAUUGUAAAAUGUUUUUCAGUUAUUUUAAUUAUACAGAAUUUGCUUUACCUUUAA